AUGACAGCGAUUGUGAUUGGCCGCAAGGAACUCUUCUCCUUCGCGGACCGCUACAGCUCACGGCACCUCAGCGACUACAGCGGCCUGGCAGACGGCGAGGUGCUCUGCUGCCUCUUUAACCUCGUCUUCCCUGACUUUCGCAUUCGCCCAGCACCAGCGCAGACACACUCCAGCACGCAGCGGGCACACGCUAACUGGGAGCAGCUCUUUCGCCGCUUUGCGAAGCUACGCAUCCCACUCUCCUUUCUCAAUCCCACCGCCCUCCGAGCCGGCAGCGUCGAGUGCGGCUUCAGUACGCUCGUACUCUUCUACUUUUUCCAUCACCUCUCGAAGCGGCCGGACUUCUCGGCGGAGUUCGCGCUCGACGUGGCUGAAGAGGUGACCACUUACCUGCAGUCGACUGACUGCAUCGCCACUCUGCUACUGGGGAACGCACUUCAAUGGGCUGCGGUUCCGGAGCCGCUGGCGCAGACACUACGGGUGCACCCGGCCUUCCACGCAGCUGUGGAGGCGGUGACAGCACAGGAAGAGGAGGCUGUCCGCACCUACCGUUCGAUGUUUGUGAGGCGGCGUGCAGGCAGCGCUAGCAGUAUCCGCGGCCUCCCUGCAUCUCAACGCGCACGCUCACACACAAAGGAACAACAGCCGGGAAUCGGCGACCCAAGCAGCAUGAGACCCGGGCCAUCUCCAUCUUCUGCAGCGUCGUCCUCUAUGCCGGACGUCAAGCACACGGCGGAGUCACUCCAACCACGACCCCCACCCCGCAAUAGGUCGCCUCAGUCCUCCCGCUCCUCUACUGCUAGACUAUCGAGCAGCAGCGAUGUGAGCUCGUCUGUCGACUUCAGUGGGCUGCAGCACCAGUGCAGCUCUGAGAUGCGCACGCGGGGCGCCGAGGUGCGAGGCGCAUCACAACCAAAGGCCCAAAGUCCGCGCAGCUCAUCAAGGCGUAGCGCAUCGUCGUCACGCUCAUCUGGGAAUUCCCAUUGCUCUACAACGGCGCCUCUAUCAUACCAGCUCGCUAGCACGGCAGCCGCCGCUGUCGCACAGCCGUCCCGUGCGCUCCACCGCUCUACCUCAUCUGUUAGCAACACAAGCGCAUUCCAUGCGUCGGCGGUGUCUUCCUCACACGCACGUGACGCAGCUCUCGAAGCUGCUCUGCAAUCGAAGGAAGCGGAGUGUGAGUCGCUCCAGAUGCAGGUGGCGCAGCUGCUGACUCUUCUCGCCAACACGCGCACGACUGACACCGCCUCGGGUUCUGCUGAUGGCCGGCACCAUGUGCACAGCCCCACUCCACGCACGUCCGGGGUGAGGGCAUCGGCGCAAAGAGGCGACGCAGUGGAUGGUGCAUCAGCAGCACGCUUGCAGGAACACUACGCUCACCGUAUCGAGGAGCUAGAGACACAGCUGCGUGCCUACCGCGAAUCCAGCCACAGCCGACGAGCCCUGUCGUCUCCCUCUCCUGCUCCAGCGGCACCCGCAGUCCCACUACCAUCGGGAGCCACAGUGGACAAGGCUAUGCUGGAGGCGGAGAUCGCGGCACUGACGGAGGUCAUCGUCGACGACGAGGCAGGGACUACCGCCGUGGAUGUGCAUGAGAAGGCGAACCUGCUGCACUGCCUCAUGCUGGAACACCUGCAAGAGUCCCCGCGCAAUCGCCAGCAGAUGCAGCAGUGGUUGUGGUCCAUCGUCGCAGCACACCACACAAUGGAAGGAAGACUAAUGGCAGCGGUCGACCUACUGCGCUUGUGGAGCAGCACGCUCCCGGCCGCUGGUACUGGUGCAGCCUCGGCUGCGAACCCUUCCGCCACCAACGGGGAGGCGUCCACGGCGGCACUGCGGAGUCAGUCGGCGGUCGCAUCUCCCUUCUCUGCCGCUUCAGCAAGCAGCGACUCGGAUACCGCAGACAGCAAAGGCGUUGAUCAUGAAGAAAUGACGGCGCUGCGUAACGCUCACUAUGCGGAGCUUGAGACUCUUCAUACCCGGGAGCACCAGCUGGCGGCAGCACUGCAGGCAGCGGAGGCGCACAACGUCGCAACAGUGCAGCGGGCGGUGCGGCGGGAGCGACUGUGGAAGUCACUAUGUGCGUCCGUCUACGCAGCGGAGCAGGCCUCCUACGCGAUUACGGAGUGCCGCACAGCUGAGGAAGUUGAAGAGCGACUGCGUCAGCGGGAGGAGCACUAUGGUGCCGUGGAGGCGCUCACGCAGCAGCUGGUGGAGGAGGGCCAGCAGGAGACGGCGACAAGCACUCAGCAACACGAAAGAGAGGCAGCAGCAGUAUUACCUGGACCGUGCACGUCGCUGCAGGCGCUCGUAACACAACUGCAGGAAGAGCGCGCGGAACUCCUAAGCGACCUGACACGCCUGCAUGAUGCGUUGGCCGCGCUGCAAGCGGAGAAGGCGCGCACGACGAACGCGGACGUAGCGAAGGCGUCAAAGGCGUCACUGCGCUCCGUUACGUACGCGAGCGCAGCAGCCGCGCCGCUCUUCAGCGAUGGCCUCUACCGCAAGUCUCCUGCCGUUGUACGCAAAGGCGCAGGGGGCACAAGCAAUGCUCUCGACGAGGGCGAUCCAUCGAGGAUAUCGUUUCCGUCAGGGUCUACCCGCGCACCUCGCGGACUCACCUCGCUCCUGCAGCUCCGGGAAGGAGAAGAACCCUCUGGUGUGACUACGGCUGGUGCUCCUACUGCGUACUCAUAG